ACAGUAGUCGCCUUCUAGAAACAUAUCUUGCCAUCUACCCGUCUCUUGCAGGGGAGGUCUUGUUGAUCCUCCACCGCGCAUAAGCACCAUCCCAGUUAGGUCCUCUCAGGCUUCCAACGGUUUGGUCAAUGGACUCAUUGGAAGAAUCAACGGCUAACCAUCUACCCCCUUCUACGGAGCCGGGACCAAACCACAGAGGGAAAAUCCCGGUCUUCCGAAUCCUUUCGAUCCCGCUUCUCUCCCCAUAUGAACCUCCUUAAUCCUUCUGGAAUCCCUAAGGAAGGCGACGGCUUCGACAGCUAGCGAGUAUCAGAGCAUGCUGCAUCGGGAGUAGCGGCCUGGAGGGGGAGACGGUGUUGAUGGCUAAGAGAAGCGGGCAGCUUGGCACGGAUGCUGGAUGGGGAGAAGCAGGCGAUGGGACGUGGGCCCAUUUGGGAGCAGCGAUCUCUUGUGAUUCGCGAGACUACUGGUUCAGAGAAGAACUAGACCCAUGGUCGGUGUCGGGUAGCAGGGACGGGCCUACGCUGAGUGGGGGGUCCGCAUUCCCCGAGGGCUCCGGCGCACUCAGCGGACCCACGGCCUCCAUCGCCAUGAGUCCACUGGUGACCUCCCGGCUGGAUGGAUCCCCAGUCCUCGCCGCAAUCCCGCCAAUCACUGGCACAGCCCGCCCCUAG